AAAGAUAAAGCGUAGCGGUCAUAAAUCAAACCAGAGUCGGAGGGGAGUCCUUGUUCUGGUAAAAACCCCAAACCCGCCACGCGCCCUUUCGCUCUCUCUCUCUCGCUCUCUCUUCCAUUCCAAGAAACCUCUCCCUUCUUCGCAAUCGCAGCUCUUCUCGUUCUCACCAACUCAGCAAACUCUCAUCUAUCUGACCCAUCUAUCAGCGCCGACUACCCCACACUUGUUCAUUUCCCUCUUUGGAGUCGAGAUCCACUCGCUUCUUCCCCAACUCACUCCGCUUCUACCGAGUCAAGAUUCUUCCCUUGCUUACAUUGUAAAUAUCCUUUUGUAAUUCUUUCUUUUUUGGUCUCAUUUCUUUGUGCCGACUGAUAUUCCACCGUCGCUUUCUUUCUCUCUCUCUCUCUCUCUGGAUAUCAUCGUUCUCGCUGCUAUUUGUCUAAUUGGCCAAGAUCCGUUUACUCGUGAUAUUUUGACUCGGGUUCGGCUAUAAACCGACUCCAAAAUUUGGGUUAAUUUGUGUUUUUCUUCGAGAUCCAUGAACUCGUCUUUGAGACUCAGUGUGAGUUCAGAGCAAAUCAAGGAUCGGGCCGAGUUGUAGUUGACGUAGAAUAGAGGCAUCCCCGUGAGAAUUAGGGUUUUGAAAAGUUUUUUUUUUUAAGUGUAAGGUUAGAGUAUGGCGGCUGCGCGGAGCUGGAGCGAAGGCAUGUCCUCGGAUAAUGUUAAGGGCUUGGUUUUAGCGCUUUCUUCCAGUUUUUUUAUUGGGGGAAGUUUCAUUGUUAAGAAAAAGGGCUUGAAGAAAGCCGGUGCUUCUGGCAUCAGGGCAGGGAAUUUAAUUCACCAAUGCUGGCAUUAAUCGAUUUGAGCUCUUGUCAAUCUAGUGUGGAAAUUGUUUUGAGGAAACUAAUCUACAGGAGUUGGAGGGUAUUCUUACUUGCUUGAGCCACUUUGGUGGGCCGGCAUGAUAACAAUGGUCGUGGGGGAAAUUGCUAAUUUUGCAGCUUAUGCAUUUGCACCAGCUAUAUUGGUCACUCCUCUUGGUGCUCUCAGCAUCAUUAUCAGUGCUGCACUUGCGCAUAUAAUUUUACGGGAAAAGUUACAUACUUUUGGAAUUCUUGGUUGUGUUUUGUGUGUGGUGGGCUCUACAACAAUUGUUUUGCAUGCUCCCCCAGAACGUCAGAUUGAAUCUGUAACAGAAGUUUGGGAUCUUGCUACAGAGCCAGGGUUUCUCUUUUACACAGCUUUGGUCUUAACAGCUGUCUUUAUACUUAUAUUCCACAUUGUUCCACAAUAUGGACAAACACACAUUAUGGUUUACAUUGGAGUUUGCUCUCUUGUGGGUUCCAUUUCGGUCAUGAGUGUUAAAGCACUUGGUAUAGCCUUGAAGUUAACCUUUUCGGGAAUGAACCAGCUUAUAUACCCGCAAACAUGGGCCUUUACUUUAGUUGUGGUUACUUGUGUGCUUACCCAAAUGAAUUAUUUAAACAAGGCGCUUGAUACUUUCAACACAGCUGUUGUUUCUCCUAUAUACUAUGUUAUGUUCACAUCACUUACCAUUUUGGCUAGUGUAAUCAUGUUUAAGGAUUGGGAUAGGCAGAAUCCAACUCAGAUUAUAACAGAGAUGUGUGGAUUUGUGACUAUCCUUUCAGGAACUUUUCUUCUUCACAAAACCAAGGAUAUGGUUGAUGGUCCAAGUUUGACAGCAUCUUUGUCCUUGCGGUCGUUAAAGCAUGAAGAAGAGGAUGGCUUUGGUGAAGGCAUCCCUCUUAAACGGCAGGAUUCAUUGAGAAUGCCUUAAUUGAAAUGUUAGGUCAUCAUGGCCAUUCCUACAAAGCUCAAAUAGCUUCUGGGGAGAAACCUCGUCGAUGUCAACUUGUAUUUUAUGACCAACUUAUGCCACCCUAUUCAUUUUUUGGAGGCUGUUAGAGGAGGUGAGAUUUCCUGUGGCUCCUUUUUCCCUUCGCUUCAUGAUGAGACGAUAGUUUACAGCUUUUUGCCUUGUAUACGCUAUCCGCCCCAGUUCAUACAGGAAAUAUGGCCCACGUAAUCUUGAGCAUGGUGAUUAUACAUAGUGUAAUCUUUUGCUUUAUUCUGCCAACAAUUGGGUGGAUUCUCACCAUGUGAACUGGGAAAAACUCAAAAGGAAUCAAAUGCAUGCAUGUCUAUCGCAUUUUUCAUUUGGUA